AUGCAGAAUGGCUGUUGAUGGUGGGUGUGGGGACACUGGAGACUGGGAAGGUCGCUGGAACCAUGUAAAGAAGUUCCUCGAGCGAUCUGGACCCUUCACACACCCUGAUUUCGAACCCAGCACUGAAAUCUUCAAACACUGAUGUCCCUUUAUCUUCUGGUUUUGGCAUUUAUUUUUUUUUUUUUUGUUUUGUUUUGAGAAAAAUCAGUUAAGUAAUUGAUGUCUUCCCUAAAAUUAAAAAAACAUAAAGAAUGGGAGAAGGAAAAUAGAGAAUACUGUAGUAAAGUUGUUACAUUACCUAUGAAAUGAUAAACCAACCCUUGAAAAAAAGAUAAAAAUAACUAGGGGUAGUUUUUAAAAUUAUUCUUAGAUUUAUUUUUAUUUUAUGAUCUGAGUAGUUUUGCCUUCACAUACGUAUGUGCACUGUGUGUGCCAAGUGCUCACAAAGGUCAGUAGAGGGGCCUCCAUACCUCUGGAACUUGAGUUAUGGAUGGUUGUGAGCCACCACAUACGUGCUGGAAACCAAACCUGGAUCCUCUGCAGGAGCAACAAGUGCUCUUAUCUGUUGAGUCGUGCAGCCCUAGAGUCGCUCCAGUUCUUGUUAGAUACAUGCAAAGUUCUAGUCAUUGGAGCUGGUGGCUUAGGAUGCGAGCUCCUGAAAAACCUGGCACUGUCUGGUUUCAGACAGAUUCAUGUUAUAGACAUGGAUACUAUAGAUGUUUCCAAUCUAAAUAGGCAGUUUUUAUUUAGGCCUAAAGAUGUUGGAAGACCCAAGGCUGAAGUUGCUGCAGAAUUCCUAAAUGACCGAGUUCCUAACUGCAAUGUGGUCCCGCAUUUCAACAAGAUUCAAGAUUUUAAUGACACUUUCUACCGACAAUUUCAUAUUAUUGUGUGUGGCCUGGACUCUAUCAUAGCCAGAAGAUGGAUCAAUGGAAUGCUGAUAUCUCUUCUAAAUUACGAAGAUGGUGUGUUGGAUCCAAGCUCCAUUGUCCCUUUGAUAGAUGGAGGGACCGAAGGCUUUAAAGGAAAUGCCCGGGUGAUUUUACCUGGAAUGACUGCUUGUGUUGAGUGCACCCUGGAACUUUAUCCACCGCAGGUCAAUUUCCCCAUGUGCACCAUUGCAUCUAUGCCCAGGCUCCCAGAACACUGUAUUGAGUAUGUAAGGAUGUUGCAGUGGCCUAAAGAGCAGCCUUUUGGAGAUGGGGUUCCAUUAGAUGGAGAUGACCCUGAACAUAUUCAGUGGAUUUUCCAAAAGUCUGUAGAGAGAGCAUCACAGUAUAAUAUUAGAGGUGUUACCUAUAGACUCACUCAAGGGGUAGUAAAACGAAUUAUUCCUGCAGUAGCUUCUACAAAUGCAGUCAUCGCAGCUGUGUGUGCCACUGAGGUUUUUAAGAUAGCCACAAGUGCAUAUAUUCCCCUUAAUAAUUACUUGGUAUUCAAUGAUGUAGAUGGACUGUACACAUACACAUUUGAAGCAGAGAGAAAGGAAAAUUGUCCAGCAUGUAGCCAGCUUCCGCAGAACAUUCAGUUUUCCCCGUCAGCUAAACUACAAGAGGUUUUAGACUAUCUGACCAAUAGUGCUUCUCUGCAAAUGAAGUCUCCAGCUAUCACAGCCACAUUAGAGGGGAAGAACAGGACACUUUACUUACAGUCAGUAACAUCUAUUGAAGAACGAACAAGGCCCAAUCUUUCCAAGACGUUAAAAGAAUUGGGACUCGUUGAUGGACAAGAACUGGCUGUUGCUGAUGUUACCACACCACAAACUGUACUAUUCAAACUUCAUUUUACUUAAGGAAAAUAAAUCUAUAAACAAUAGAAAAUUCAUAGAAAUAAUACACUUUAUGAAUGCUAAGAAAUGUAAUUAAAGAGUGGGGAAGAUGAGGCAGAGAGGACAUCCAAGAAAGAAAAUUCAAUUGAUGUCAUUUUUAGCAUUAGUGUUGCUAGAAUUUGACAUAUAUAUAUAUAUAUAAUGUGUGACUCUUUUUUAACUUUAUAAUUUUCUCUGGAAGACUGAACUUUGGGGUUGGGCUAGUAAGCAUUCUCAUUAGUCAUAUGGAAAACGAUGCUUGGCGAGAAAGAUUAUGAACAAAUGUAUUGCUUCCUUAAAGCAGGACAAACACUGUCUUUUGUGUGAGUUUGUUAUUAUGGUCAAAGAACGUAUUCCUCAGCUCUCAUUUGGGAGUCCACAUGCAUAGAAAUGUAUCCUUGAAUGGAAAUGAGGAAUUAUGUUAUAGGAACAUUAAAUAUUACAACCUGACAUCUAAGUAUAUCAGACAUAGGCGGUUUCUUCAUUACUACUCAUAUAAUUGUGGCUAUCCAAAUGUGUAUUAUUGUAGAGUUUAACUUAUCCAUAAUAAUUUGUAAACAGUAUUACAGACUAAUAAUACCUGUGCAUGAAAAUAUGAAGUAUUUUCAUGUGUUUAUUUGCAAUGCCAUAGAGACCACUAUGCACAAACUUAAACCAAGACAAUGGCUGUUCAAAGAAAAUUAAUGUUUAAACAGUUAUCACUGAUGCUUUUGCACUAUUUAUUAAUAAAACCAUACAUUGUCUACUUUUUUAUUGGAA